AUGGAAAAAGAUCGAUUUAUGGAUGAGUUCUUUGUACAGGUGGAGGAGAUCCGAGGCUUCAUCGAGGAGCUCUCAGAGAAGGUGGAGGAGGUGAAGAGACAACACAGCGCCAUCUUGGCCGCCCCCAAUCCUGACGAAAAAACGAAGGCAGAGCUGGAGCAGCUGAUGACAGACAUAAAGAAGUUUGCGAACAAAGUGCGCUCCAAGUUAAAAAGCAUUGAACAGUCCAUAGAGCAUGAGGAGGCUUUAAGCAGGUCGUCUGCAGAUCUGAGGAUACGUAAGACACAGCAUUCCACGUUGUCACGGAAGUUUGUGGAGGUGAUGUCAGAGUAUAAUGCCACGCAGUCGGACUACCGGGAACGCUGCAAGGGCCGCAUCCAAAGACAACUGGAGAUUACUGGUAGGAACACAACUAAUGAGGAACUGGAGAGCAUGCUGGAGAGUGACAACCCUGCCAUCUUCACAUCAGGGAUCAUCAUGGACUCCAACAUCACCCAGCAGGCCAUGAAUGAGAUUGAGACGAGACACACUGAGAUCAUCAAGCUGGAGAACAGCAUCAGAGAACUUCACGACAUGUUCAUGGACAUGGCCAUGCUGGUGGAGAGCCAGGUAGGAUGGACUAUGUAG